UUAACAAAGGAUAUUCAGUCCUACUAUCUGUUUGUAACGUCUUGGAUGAUGAAGAUGGAGUCCAUCUUGUACAAAGAACAAAAAAGUGAGAAGUUGCAAGAGGACCUUAACAGCAGGUGUAACGUGUUUGUACAGGUGAGUAGUGUGUUGGCACAAACCCCGCUGGAACACAAGACACUCAGCUGCACGACAAAACAAGACAAGAAGGCGCUCUCUGUGUUUAGUGGCUUGCGAGGGAAGUCGGCCAAAGUUGAGGAAAAGAUUCCUUCACCUGAACUCAGCCAACUUCGACUGAUUCCUUCGCUACAGCUCUUUUUAUUGUCAGCAAGCAAAAGGGUGAUCUCUGACAAGAAGUACAGUGAGCAGCGGUUGGAUGUGCUGUCCUCGUUGGUGCUGGCAGAAAAUGCUUUGAGUGGUCCCAGCACAAAGGAGCGACGCCUUGUGGUGUCUCUGGCUCUCUGCGUCGGCACUCAGCUGAAAACUUUCAAGGAUGAGGAGCUUUUUCCGCUGCAGCUUGUACUGAAGAAGCUGGAUCUGAUUAGUGAGCUAAGUGAAAGGGUCAAGCUUCAGUGUGACUGCAGUUUCCUGUACUGGCACCGAGCUGUGUUUCCCAUCUAUCUAGAUGAUGUAUAUGACAACGCCGUAGACGCAGCACGAAUACAUUACAUGUUCAGUGCACUAAGGGACAGUGUGCUGUCUAUGAUGCACUCCAAACACAUGGAGUCAUGUGACCAGCUGCUGGAGAGCUACGACAAGGAGAUCAUGGACGUGUUCAAGGAGCACCUGCUCGACAAGCUGUGUAAGGAGAUUGAGAAGGAUCUGCGUCUCUCUGUUCACACGCACCUGAAGCUUGAUGACAGGAACCCUUUUAAAGUUGGCAUGAAGGAUCUGGCCCACUUCUUCUCCCUCAAGCCCAUUCGAUUCUUCAAUCGUUUCAUUCAUAUCAAAGCCUAUGUGACGCACUACCUGGAUAAAACGUUCUACAACCUGACGACCGUCGCUCUGCAUGACUGGGCCACCUACAGUGAGAUGAGAAACCUUGCUACACAGCGCUAUGGACUCACAAUGACAGAGGCUCAUCUGCCCAGCCAGACACUAGAGCAGGGUUUGGAUGUUUUGGAGAUCAUGAGGAACAUUCAUGUUUUUGUCUCACGAUACCUUUAUAACCUCAACAACCAGAUCUUCAUUGAGAAGGCGAGCAACAACAAGCACUUGAACACCAUCAACAUCCGUCACAUCGCCAACUCCAUCCGAACACACGGUACAGGAAUCAUGAACACCACUGUGAAUUUCACCUACCAGUUUCUGCAAAAGAAGUUUUACAUCUUCAGUCAGUUUAUGUACGACGAACACAUCAAGUCCAGACUCAUCAAAGACAUACGUUUCUUCAGAGAAACAAAGGACCAGUCUGAUCAGAAGUAUCCGUUUGAGCGAGCAGAGAAGUUUAACCGUGGCAUCAGGAAACUGGGCAUCACUCCUGAUGGACAGAGCUACCUGGACCAGUUUAGACAGCUGAUCAGCCAGAUCGGUGAGGAUGCUUUUAUUGGUUUCUGGUAUGCUGCAUCCUGUGCAGCCUCAUUUGUCCCAGAUCUGGAGGAUAUAGUCAACUUUGAGGAGCUGGUGAAAGAAGAGGGACUGUCAGAGGGGACCCAAAAAGCUGCUGGGGUGGUGAAAGAGCAGAGCGUUCAGUCUGCCAAUCAGGAUGAAAAGUUGCUGCAAACCAUGAAUCUCACCCAGAAGAGGCUGGACGUGUACCUCCAGGAGUUUGAGCUUCUCUACUUCUCUUUAAGCAGCGCCCGGAUCUUCUUCAGAGCUGACAAGACAGCAGCUGAGGAAACUCAGGAGAAGAAAGAUAAAGAAAACGCUGCCAAAGCAGGAAGCUCUGCAGACAGUUCCACCCCCGCUGACCCUGCCUCGAAGUGAGCCUCGCUGUCAGAUCACUGUCACGUACUGAAGAGGAGAGCUCAGCAGCAGGCUGCGUUCGUGUGUGCAGUUCAGGGAUUUAAAAUAACUGGAAAAUGUUGAAAACGGUAGAAAGACGAUGACUUUAAAACGCUUUGUGUUCUGUCACAGCACGGUCGUCUUCAUUAGACAAAGAAUGUGUACUUAAAGUGCUAAUCAGGAUAUCACCCCUGCAUCUAAUAACUCACUUUGUAUCAGUAGCAUUUACAAAUGCAGCAGCGUUUUAAAAAGAUGAGUCGGCUUAACAAAUCUAAUGUAAAAGUGUGUCUUUUGAUAUUUUUACUCAGUCUGGAUGAACGUAUUUUUACUACAGUACCGUCGGUCAUGAACUAGUUUGGAUCUUUGUUUCAAUUAACUGGUGUGCUGCCUAUUUGUUGGUGUCCACUGUACUUAUUGUGAUUCUUUAUGGCCUUCAAUGGAAACUUUGAAAUGAAGUCUCUUGUGAAUGUUUUCAAUGUAUAAUUUCACAUUUGUGUGCCAUAACUGUGUACCAUUUCUUGGUCCACUUUAUACGUUGUAUGAAUUAGGGCGUGUAUGUGCCUUUCUAAACUGUGGAUACUUGUUUUGAUAACAUAAUUUGGAAAUAAUUCAUCCGAUGCAAAAGAUACAGCGCUAAAAUUAAAUUAUUUUAUACUGCUGCUCUGAAGGUGUAUCAUUACAUUUUUUGUUUUCCAGUUUUGUAUCUUAAGCAUGUGGUACAUGUGUAAUUACAUUCCAUGUAUUAACUAAAGGAAUAAAAAAUAAACUUUGCAUUUUCAGCAGA